AUGCCGACGCAGGAAACAGCGCAAUCGACGCGUGUUAGGCAUCGCAAGAGACGCCACAUUGACCGCCAGAGGCCUGACGUAACGUAUUCCCGCAAACGUGCCAUCGCAGCCUGUCGGAUAUGUCGCGUAAAAAAGGUCAAGUGUAAUAAUGUUAGGCCAGUUUGCGGAUCGUGCAUGGCGUCCCAGUCUACUUGUGUCUAUGAAGGUGCGGAAGAGGACCAUUCGUCAUUCGAUCCUGCUAGUAUAGCCAUCUUGGAUCGUUUGAAUCAAGUUCUUGAGAGCGUUGAGGAGCUUCCAGGUAUAAUCAAGACGAUGAACGACAUUGCAUCGCAAUCGAAGCCCCCGACACCGCGGGGUGACUCGUUUUCGGACGGUCAGGAGCUGAGUUCUGACGAUCUUACUACCCCCCCCGCAAUUAUGAGCGUCGAAUCUGUCCUUGGCUGGCCCAUUUUAGCAGGGUGCAUUCCGCCAAAUCACAUCCUCGAGGCCCUGUCAGACGCUAAAACCGACCUUGAGUAUGGUGCUUCGUUAAGUAGUGAAGUUGACGAGAAAGAGAUGCCAAGACUAGUCCGCCAUUUUCUAGCACAUGUUCAUCCUGUCAAUCCGAUACUUGACGUCGAUACCGUUUACUCUCAUAGCCUACGCAUUUCGGAGACCGGUAUUGGUUGGGAUGGAGCGUCCUGCAUUGUGCUCAUCGCAUGUGCUUUGGGCUGCCUGGGCAAACCCUACGAUACCACGGUGACUACGCCAUUAGACACAUCAACGGCAAGAUCCUCACUCGAAUCACAAGGUGAGGACCUGGUAAGAGCAAAGGCAUACUUUAAUCUUGCCAGACAGAGACUGGGCCUGGUAGAUCAAGGUCUUAUAGCUGCCCAAUGUCACUUCUUUGCUGGAGUGUAUUACAUGUUCACCCUCGCACCACUACGCGCCUGGUCCCAAUUCGAGCAUGCUGCCAACAUUUUCCACGUCUACUGGCGAUAUCAGUCGCGUGGCGACUCAAGGCAACUCCAUUCGCGGAGAUUGGCUCAGAGCUGCUACUGGAGCUGUCUCAAGUCACAGGUUGAGCUCGGACUCGACCUUCAUCUUCCACAGAGUGUCCUAAAGAAUUUAUAUGAUGCUGGUUCCGAGUUGCCCAUGCCUCCAGAGCUACCCUGUCCAGACACGUCUACUCCUCCGCAGACAAGUGCAAUUUUCCCAGCUCCAGGGGACAGUUAUUCUAGUUCUGCGGGUGAUCUGGGUCGAGUGCAGGAGGAGAGUUGGUACUUUUACCUGACUGAGAUAACGCUCCGGAGGUUUAAUAACCGUGCAUUCAACCUUUUGUAUCGGGAUGGGCGAGGCUGGGGGACUACAAGCUCCUUGAGCAUAGCAUCGCUUAUCUCAGCCGUGUCGCACAUCGAAGAUCAGUUGGAUAACUGGGCUAAAACAAUGCCUCUCAUGGCCCAAAUUAGCAUGGGCGCACCGCCAACCAACAAAUUGGCCUUGCUGCUCUACGCCAGAAUUUUAGAGCUCAAGUGCCUCAUGUACCGGCCCUUUCUGUAUCAUGCUACUCAUACAACCACAAGUGAGAGAGAUCAGGCUGAGAUAAGCCAUUUCGUGGAAAAGGGCCUUUCUUGUCAUUUUCUUACUGUUACGUGUGGAUACCUGCAUUAUCGAAACCAUGUCACGUACCAACAUCUUCGGGCAUCCACCGCAGCCGCUGUCUGUAUCAUGGCGAUUGUCAAGUCUGGCAGGGUGAGGGCUGUUCAUCAGAGGGAUUGGCAUGAUGAUAUCAAGAGGCUGACUGAGCGAAUUCGAUACUGGCAGAAUGAGACUGCGACGGCUGAGCGAUGUGCUGACGUCUUGGAAGCGGUUAUGCUGUCUAUCGACCAGCCGCAGAAGAUUUGA